UAGUUGUCAGCUGACAGCCCAUUCAAUUGGACCUGCUCCACGGCGCGGAUUUCGGUUGAGCUUCGCGUUUAAAUUCGUUCUAACAAAAAUCAUGAAUUGACGUUUUUUUUUUAACAAUACUCGACAGUUGUAAUUAGAAAAGUGCAGUAAAUCGAUCGAGAAUCGUGUGCAAAUUAUAUAGAAGUGUCAUUAUAAACCGAGAGCCGCUUUCAGCUGCGCAAUAGGGAAAAGCUAAAGAAAUCUACACACUGUUGCCGGGUUUAAUUGUAAGAAUAAACAAACACAGCCAAUAUGACAAACAUGCGGCCACCGCAGAAAUCCAAGUUGCUGAAGGUCGUCAUAUUGGGCGAUGGGGGGGUUGGAAAAUCCGCCCUACUCAAUCGCUUCGUUUCAAAUCGCUACGAGGAAAACAAUUUCCACACCAUCGGCGUGGAGUUUAUGAACAAGGAUAUAGUCGUCGACGGAGAGCGCUAUACACUGCAGAUAUGGGAUACGGCUGGCCAGGAACGAUUUCGAGCACUCCGCACACCUUUCUACCGGGGAUCGGACAUCUGCCUGCUGUGCUAUGCCCUCGAUGAUCGCGACAGCUUGAGGGGAUUGGGUAUGUGGCGCAACGAGUUCAUCAACUAUGCAGACGUCGACCAGGACAAGUUUCCCUUCAUUGUGGUGGGAAAUAAGAACGAUCUUCCUGCCCAGAAGCGACAGGUGUCCUUCGAGGGAGUGCAGCAGUGGUGCGCCGAGCAGAAGAUUGCCUGCCACAUCGAAACCUCCUCCAAAGCGGCCACCAAUGUGACGGAUGCCUUCGUCCUUGGCCUUCGCCAAUGGCGACACAUGGAGUGCGUGGCGGAGGCCGAACUGCGCCAGCAUGGUGACACCAUUGACCUCACCAGCCCCAUUCGUCUGGUGCAGCGACGCAUAUGUUGCACGGGCGGCGGCGGAGGAGGAGGCGGGAACCAGGAUGCGGAUGGCCACGAUGACGCCAUGCGGAGUCCGGGCAAGAAGAUGUUUGGACAAAAGCGCGACGCCGCAAAGGCGCCAGCCACCAAUUAUAGGCUAUGAUUGCGGACAGACUGGAGCUGUCAGGGGACUUACGCUUAAUUUAACCACUUACCCCACCGGGUUGACCUUGAAUGCAUUCCAUUCUGCGACGGGGAAAGUGUCCCAGACCAAAAAGUAAUCAAUGCUGAUAACAUUUAAAGCGAUUACCCUGAAGUUGAUGAUAUUCUAAAGAAUGUUUGCUUUUAAAAAUU